AUGAAGUUUGGUAAGUAUCUUGAAUCGCGGCAGUUGGAGCUGCCGGAAUACAGCAAUCACUUCAUUGAUUACAAAGCGUUGAAAAAGCUUAUUAAACAACUGGCAUUCCCUGCAAUGGUUUACGAGAGCAAAGAGAACGCGGGGAGUGCCGAUACAAAAGCAGACGAUGUUGGAGUUUUGGACAGGCAAUUUGACGACUCAGUAGCGUAUAAAAGGCUACAGGAGAACAAAGCUUCAUUCUUCUUCAGGCUGGAGAGAGAAUUGGAAAAAGUGAACAUGUUCUACUUGCAGAAGGAGUCCGAUCUAAAGAUAAAGUUCAACAUUUUGCAGUCCAAAUACUUGGAAUACAAGAACAACGGGAAGUUGAACUCAAAAUCCAACCUUUCCUUCAAAGCCAUAUAUGGUGGAUUUAUUAAAUUCCAAAAGGAUCUAAUCAAUUUUGAACAGUACGUUGAACUUAAUAAAAUAGGGUUUUCUAAAGCCUUGAAGAAAUGGGAUAAGAGGUCUUAUUCCCAGGACAAGGAGUUCUAUCUAGCUACUGUGGUGUCUGUACAGCCCAUCUUCAUCAGAACGGAGGCCCUUAAAUUGAACGAUGAGACGAUAAAUAUACUGAUUGAGCUUAACGACCUGAAAAGCACCCUUACUGGAGAUGAAGACUCAAACAUAGACGCUCGCAAGAGGUCAGAAUCUUCAUUUGCUGGGGUAGGCCCGAUCGUUAAUCGGGGGCUGAUGAAGAAUGAAGAUUUUGACAGUGAUACGGAAAUUGAACAUUGGUACUCGGAACUCCUAAACAUUUCCAAAUUGAAAGAUGAGGAUAGAAGAUACAGCGCCAUCAAAACAUUCGCUUUGGAGAGAAUGAAACCAUUUUUCACACAGAAUAUACCGAUUACUAGGAUAGAUAGAGCAGUGGUAUUGAAAGAAUCUAUAUCCAAACUGUUUCUCUUACUGACCGGCUCAAAUAUGGACGAUCAGUGUUUGCAAUUAUUUUACGAUUCUGUCAAGGAUAAAAUUGACCUCUCCUAUUGUGAUGAGGAUGAUGAGAUCUUCUCAAAAAGGAAUAUAUUUCACGAAAGUGCACACUGUCUUACACAACAGCGUGAUUUUAUUGUUGAGAUAACUAUCAGAACUUUACCUAGAGAUACACUGAAAAGGCUGUUGAACACUCAAGACAUCCAUUUGCGUACUCCGCUCCACUAUGCCAGUGAACUGGGCAAAACGAAAAUGGCUCAAGAUAUGAUUAACGUCGAUUGUGGUAUAGCUGAGUAUAUUGAUGCCUUGGACAAUGACUCGAGAACUCCGCUAGUUCUCGCCAUUAUCAAUAACCAUAACGACAUUGUCGAAGCACUAUUGAUGCAAGGUCAUGCUGAACUGUGGCCUAACAUGAACGGCAACUUGCAGUUUUCACCGCUGCUGACUGCUUGCAGGUAUAACAAUUAUGGAGCAACGAAAAUCAUUUUAAGACUUUGCAAUGAACGAGGUAUUCAGUUCAACAGCGUACAGGACUCUCAUGGGUUAGGCGCUUUGCACCUUGUUGCAAAAUACGGGGGUGACCCAAGUCUCAUUGAUCUGUUGAUUGAGUAUGGCGCUGAUCCGAACGAGCUUGACAGCUUAGAUAACUUGCCACCGAUUGUGUACGCCAUCAAGGAAGGAAGGCCGUUACUGGUCAACAAACUUUUGAAGAGCGGAGCAAACAUCAACAUGAAAGACGACGAGGGGAAGAGCCCAUUGUUUUACGCCUUGUGGGAGAGUAACAUAAGAGUUCUAAACGAAUUACUGCCUUAUGUGAAGGAAUCUGAUAAGCUUUACAAUAAAAUUUCUUUAACGAAUCCCACCCUAACUCCCAGUAAGGUAUCCUUGACCCAAAUGAUGUCAUUAUCUGAAGACGAAGAUAUCAAUGACGCAUACGAUUCUUUAGAUAACAUUCCUGCAUUCACAUUGCCACCACCGACCAUCCCAUUGAGGAAAUAUGGGCACAAUUUCUUAGAACAAAAGAUAUUUGUUAAAGUAAUUCUACAAAGAUACACCAACUGUAUUGAGUUGCAUCCAUCAGAUGAAAAUCUAAUAGUCCCUACACCGGGUAGAAUCACAGUCACUUCAAACUCUUUUGAUAUGAUACCGAGAAACAUUAUUUUAAAAAACAGUGAGGGCGAUACGCAAAACCUGGAGGACGACGACACAGAGAAUGGUGAGAUAAACUUUCAAGUUGAUACGCUUGAUGGGUUUGUUAUUGAUUUUGAAAUCUUCCCAGCCUUUGGGACGCGACUAAUUGCAAAGUCCACUGCGAUGCCCUUUUUGUUUCGCGAAAAAAGGCUGAUAAACAGUAAAAGCGAGAUUAGGUUACCGCUGUUUGAUUCCCGCUUAAAUAAUAUUGGAACAUUAAAGUUCAAAUAUCAAGUUAUUUACCCAUAUGAGGGUAGACCUUUGCAAAUUACCAAGUACGAGCCUUACUGGAAGUCUACCGCUAAUAGCAAUGCCAUCAGGGGUACGGGAAUAAACAGUAAACUAAACACUGCAGAGGAUGUUGCAAAUACCUUGGUUGUCAACGAGCUGCACUUUGUGACAUCCUCCUCUCUGAAAGGGGAAUUUAUUGAAAUCAAAGUGUUCCACUUACAAGAUGGCACUAUUGUUGCAGCACCUGAGUUUUGGAUGGACGUUAAGGGCACCAAAUUUCUGCUAACGGAUCUUUCAGUCAAGCAAGUGGAAUUAUUAUCUGGUAGAAGUAUCAGCAAUGUUGAAGAGAAUGACCUCGAUACGUCAGAGAAGGUAAAGCAAUUGAUACAGAGCAGGGUUAUUGAUUUUGAGACCCUGCUCGGUCGGAUCCCCAAAACCAUGCAACUAGUGAUCCAGUGUUGCUUCCCAACGAUGCGCGAGAUCAACACGAUUCCAGUAAAAAUAUCUCCUCAACUGAGUGUGAACAAAUUUAUAAACAGUGUCCUGUACAUUGUAUUUGAGCAUGAAAGGUCGUUGCGUCAUUCAGGGGAGAAAAUCCGUUCCAUCGUGUUCAGUUCAUGUAACUGGCAGGUUUGUGCUAUUCUGAACUGGAAACAACCCAACUUCCCCGUUUUACUCCAAAUGAACACGCUUUCUUGUCAAGCGGAUGGCAAAUUCAUCAGUGACACACCUCAUAGAUUGAAAAAAUUGUCCACCCAGUAUAGAAGUUACGGUGAGCAAACGAACAGUACAGAUGCCACUGGAGGGGCACACCAUUUCAAUGACAAUGAAAUCGAAUACAAUGACAAUAUCCGCAUUCGUGAUAUGGUUAAAUUUGCCGUCAACAACAACGUUCUUGGUGUGAUUAUUCCUUACAACAUACUGAAAUUGUCAGAAACGUUUGUCAGUAGUAUCAAGGGCCAAGAAUUGCUGCUGAUCGGGUCAAGUGAUAAUAAUGUUACCGGUGGUUCGGAAGAUGAACCGAUACAGAUCGACAAUGACUUGAACGGGACCUACACAAACUCAAAACUAGUGUUGAAGAACCCGUAA